AAAAAAUAAAUUGCUGUAAAACAAGAACGACGACUUAUCUUUUUCACAUUACAACAUGGCGCAUUUUUAAAGAUGCAGUUUCCGCUGCCGAAGCCGCCCCGUGCGCGUAAGAAGAGCAUCGCCCAAGAUGCAGAGGAGCAGGAAAUUCGUGCCGAAGUCGAGCGUCAGGCCGCUCAGGACCGCUAUGCCAAUUUGCUACGGAAGGACAAUGCGCGGCAGCUCGAAAAGCUAGUAUCUCCUACCAAAAAGCGCUUUCAGCGUGGUGCGCACACGGUUCGGCGCGCGAGUAACGCAAUCAAUGCCUUCCGGGAUGCUGCGCGCCUCUUCAGCGGCUCAAUUUCGCCAAGCGGUGUCAGAAAGCAAGGUGGAAAAACAUCUUCUAGUACUGCGGUUAGGGCGUUUGGUGGACGUGGAGCAAGCAGCGCCAGCGAGGACGAAGCGGAACUGAAUACUCUGCGAGGAAAAUUUGGGGGGAGCAGUCCGAGUAGACAGGGUCGUGAUGAAAAUGGAGGCAGUCCGAGCAGAACUACUGGUGGGCGUUUCUUCCGCGAGAUGGUGCGGUUGGGCGUACCAGCUUCGCCGGGUCGGCCUUCGAAGACGCGCGGAUUGGGCGCUUUGUGGCGGGCGCGGCAAGCGGUGAUCGAUCUGGCCGCUGGGGGAGAAGAAGGAGGGACAGGUGAAGGCGGGGCGCCGGCUAAGGGUCAGAAGCACAUUGACCUAGCUGCAAUGGCUUUCGGCCGUAAACGAUCGCUCUCAACCGGUGCUCUCAUGGAGACGCAGCAGCAGCAACCCGCGUCACAAGGCAAGAAGCUGCGCAGUCGAAGCAACAGCGUCGACGACACCAGUAACAUCAUGACAGGGGGCGGUAUGAGUAUGAUGAUGCUGGAAAGAAGACUGGGCGACGAUGAAAGUGAGGACGAUGAUGACUCCUACAAUUAAGGGUUGGAAGUUGGCGACCUCUUUAGAGGCAUCUCUAUGGCUUCUUCAAGUAGGCAAGCCAUGGAUAUGCGAGCUAGAGACGCCAACGCUCAACCCCUAAGACAAUGUGAACGGUGUCCCUACUCGAGAUCGAGUCACAAAUACUCGUGGUCCACCAGCAAGACGCGGCGUGCCUCCGGCUCCCGUUCUUCCGAAACAGGCGCUCGCGUACUACCACGACGACACUGUUGGCGGUGACGAGGAGGAGGUGGACCUCGAUGCACGAGCAGAACUGCGGGAAAGGCUGUGGAAGGAGCAAAAACAAGAGGAGGACGAGCGAGAGUAUCAUUAAGGGCAGGUUUUUGCCGCUCUCGUUGAUUUUUUACUGGUAUAUAUAAUAGAGUAGGUACUAUCGUACAGCUGGCACUGUACACAAGAUAGUGCACCAACGUGAUCAUACGAUAAGUCUAAGAGUCAGCAACUAGUGCUGCUUGUAAUUCUCGGCUCUUAUCUCACGCUUACCAAGUAUUGCGGUUCGUCUUGACUGAUGUCCUAAGGGAAAAUGACAACAUUCUUCAUAAUUAGACUAGAUCGGUGUCCUCGUGGUCUGUCUUGCCUAUGUCGUCGGUUUCGAUGUUCUUGUGAUGCUUCAACUUUUCCUCAUACUGUUAUUACGGUUCGUUUUGACUGAUGUCCUAAGGGAUAGGGAGAAUGGCAACAUCCUUUAUACUUCUGUAAAGGAAAACGACCUAAGAACACGUGCUCUAAUGUCAGCAGGAGCUAGAACGGCAGGAAAGACGCCGAACCAAAUCCCAGAAGAUUCCGAAUCAUACACUGAAAAACAUGCCGCGGAACCUCAAGGACAUGAUUCCAACAUGGGAAGUCGCACAGCCAAGAGGUGGAGACUUGCUGCUCAUGCGCACACUAGGCAAAAUUGGAGUGGCCGACGCGAAGUUACGGAACAAAGGAAAUAGAUUUAGAUGCUACCAUGAAUAUUUAAUUGUACUAUCUAGCUACAUACAAUGAAUAAUAUUUAAUUGUACUAUGUAUCCAUGUGAUGGAUACUCCACCAUGUCCAUAGUCUAAAGUCUCUCAGUUCAAAGAGACCAAAGGUAGAUAGGCAUAGCUCAUCAAGAUCAAUUGUUGUCUUCCCAAAUUAUAACCCAGUGGUCACACACUCGUCAAAGAUACGCACACUCUUCUCGUAAGUACACCUUUCAUCACAGCGGAAGUUGGGCGAUUACAAGAACGCGCUGAUGCGUUAUAAUGCUUGGAAGAGUCCUCAAUGCGCGCCAGAUCCGAUCCCCAAGAUACACCCUCGAGGAAACCAGAAGGCGAUCUCCGAAGUUCACGGUUCUGGUGUCGUCACACUGGAGGCUGCGUGGACCGAGGGUCUGAAGAAGAAACAGGAAGAAAUCAAGGACAUAAAACGUCGUGGUGGCGACAUGUACUCCGAAAGUGGAUGGAGUGUCUCAAGCCCAGUCCAAGACGCGGAAGCACAUCUGAACCCUCUGACUCGUGUGCAAGACCCAGAGCUGUUGAAAUUGGAGAGGCAGCAGAUGAGGGAAGAGCAACAGGAGAGAGAACAACAAGCGGAACGCGAAGAUCGAUUUCUGGCAGAAUUUAGAGGUGGUGCUGGAGGAGCUGCAGGGUCAUUGAACAGUACAACCACGGGUGCAGGCACUUCGGCAGCAGGAGGAGGAGUAGGAGACUCAUCGACCAUGGCAGCACCCCCAUCACAAAAAUUUAGUAUCUUCGAUAAAUUAGGGAAGAAAGUGCAUUUUAGCGAUGGAUGGCUGCCGGAUGAAGAGGACGAUGGGGACCUAGAAAUGCGUGGCAUGAAGAUGAAAGCAAAGAGCUCACAGACGCGCGUCAUGACUAGGUUGGAGCUGUUGGAGAAAGAACAUGCGCUACAGGUACUACAUCUUCAGCAGUGAGUUAUUUUGUUGCACCGUGUACCUGUAUGCAACGUGUCGCUUUGAUACGCCACCUUGUUGAUCACAGUAAAUAAAGAUGAUGUUGCCAAUCUAGAUUAUAGGCUUGUAAAAUUGCUUCAUGUCUUUUCCCUUGUAAUCAGAUCCUUCUUGAAUCUUCGAGUUCGAGUGGCACACUUCCAUAUUAAGCUGACUUCUAAAAAAUGAACACUGUAGUUGUAGUACAUGAAGAAUCACUCAAAGAAACGUCGUCAAAAUUUCUGAAAUUAUUUGACAGAGCGGAAAGGAGCAGUUGGCCCUGCAGAAUGUCUCUUCCCCCUAUGUGGAUGACUCACCAAGCAAGAAGGGACUCAACCCGAGUCGCAAGUCGGCUGGAGGUGGAGAUGCCUACGCAAAGCCCCUUGAUGAUGAGUACCUCGACGCUGACGGUAAUCCUCUACCACUAGAAUGGCGAAAAAACGAGCGCGCACCAAUUACGAUGGCCCGAACCAACAAUCAGAAGGUUGACGUAGUCAAAGAGGAGAAGGACGGAGGGAAUGCCACUGACUGGCGCAAAUUGCCUCCCGUGUUUCGCCGCAACGUCAUCGGCCUCUACUUUUUUGCUGGUGGUGUGGCUCUGUGCAUAGUACCCUACAAUGAAGCUGGAGAAAAGUAUGCGGGAAAGACACCUUUUGUUACGGCUAGAAAUGAUUUUUUCGCACGCGCGGGAUUGCAACUUUGCUUCCUUUUCUAGCGGAAAGAAAACCAGCCAUCAAGUGACGGAGUGCGCUCAACACUUUCCUUCUAUCAUAUUAAGUACAGAUGGAUGACGAGGAUCAACAUUAGAAGGCUCUGCUCUAUGCUACUAUUGUUCUCUUUGUCCUUGCAAUUCCGAUCAUUGAGAUAGGAAAAUCUUUCUCGCCAAAAAGAGGAUCAUGGCAUGCAAGAUAUGAAAAGAGGUAUUUAAGUACUUAAGACUAUUAUCUUCAUAGGAAUACGAAUACUGCAUCUGUUCUAAUACGAGUGUUGUAUAAGAAGUACGACUAUAUCUCUUCUAGUACUAGUACUAGCUCUAAUUUGAAUUGGACAGACGCACGAUGCCGAUUAUGGCGGUUCGGUGACCGCUGUUCUGUAUGCUCUACCGACGACAGCUGUGGCGCUGGCGGCGCAAAAUUUACCAACGGUUGCCUUUUUGACGUCUUGAUCAGGUACAACAACCCAGAGACCGACCAAGAGGAAGAAAAAGUUGCCACUGGAGUCUAUAAUUAUGGUGAACGAGGAAGGUGCUUUGUUCCGAAACUCAACAGCAUGAUGCUAGUAGGCUCAGUUUUCCCAUAGGGGAAAACGAGGCGCCAAGGAUGAAUGUGGCGAAGGAUUUGCGAGCGUAGUUGUAGAAGUACGAACUGCUCUAAUCUAACCCAGAUUAUCGCUGGAGUAACGAGAAGCAAGAAUACAGGCUAAAGCAGGAUCCAUUCAGCUCCUGUCCUGCGGGCCGUGCUACCUCUUCGGGGCUUCGAUUACCCCGUGAUGAAAUGCUGGCACUGAAUGACAAUUGCUGCGGCUACCACCGACAAAGUGACAAGUAUGAAUGGAAGCGAAUUAUAAGCGAUUGAUUCUGAUUUGAAUACUACAUCGGAAGCAGUUGUAUCCGAAACCGUACUACUAGAACUCGAGGAUCUCGACGCGAGAUGUUUGAGAAGUUGUAUCUAUUUACAGCAUGAGCAUUUAGUAAGUACUCUUCUAGAACAAGUAGAACUUCUAGAACAAGAAACACUUCAUUUCUUCUCUUUCAUACUCCUCUCUUCUGCGACGUAUGGGGACAGGGGAGCACGAAAGCCACUUGGCCGUGCCGCGUAGAUCACAAGACAGUUGUAUGGUUCUGGUAUUUUUGGUAUAACCUGAGUUGGAUCCUAAGGGUUCUCUUCUUGUUUUCCCUUAUGAUCAAACUCAGGCUAUACCAAAAAUACCGGAACCAUUCAACAGUAGACACAGCGCAUAGGAUAGAAGGGACACCACCACCCGCAGAGCACUGGAUGUUCGGUCAUGGCAUGCAAGAAUUUUUCACCUACGCUGGACUCUGCUUUGCCUCUGCGUUUUUGCUUUGGCGGGUCUACGUGUGGCCUUACUGGUUCUAUCAGGCCUACAGCAAGCGACAGCGGAAAGUCGAGGCCGAGUUGCGUCGACGCGAGCUGCAAGAGAAAAGGAGGCUGGAGCUUGUAGCCAAGGCAGUGCCCGACAAGAAGGUUUUCGUGACACGAGAAGAAGGUCGAAUGGCGGAAUUCAAUAAACCAGAUUUCUUCUCCUCCGCAGCUCUGUACUACGACGAACCGGACGGGGCAGAAAUACACGAGUUCGAUCCGAACGUACUUACUUAUACUAGCAACUACGAUUGCAAGAACCUUUUUUCUGUUUGUGGUUGUAGUAAUUUUAUCUGAGACAAUCGAGUUGUAGUUGUUCUGGAGUUUGAAGCCGGGUGUUGUGACGAGAUCGAUAAUUUUUCUAGAUUUAUUUUUUUCGGUAAGAAUUGCAGCUGGCAAAGAAGACUUUCUUGAUGUCGCUUCGAUACUAUUCUGCGUAGCUGUCUUCAUCUCCAACAUCCACUCGUUGUAGCCACAUGAUGCCAUGUUAAUUUCGCGCACUCGUCUCGAUUCAGGUCAUUUCCUCUGGUUCUGAUGACGCCGACGCGGAUGUCAACGUCUUCACUGGCAGUUCCGGAGAAGACGGUAUGGAUGCCAAUGAGCAGGGUGCUUCGUCUUUCAGCAUCAUGUCAGAUCGGGCCAAGCCGAAGUUGAAGAUCGCACCAGGAGAAGAUCGUGGAUUGUCUCCGUCCGGCCGUGUGGUCCGUUCUCUGCUCUCUCCGCUGAAGAAAAUGCGACCACGAUCACGGUCUUUGCAGGAUAAGCGGACCACUUUCGCAUACGAUGAGUCUCGAGAUCGGUACCGCGACGCCAGCAAAUUGAACCAGCUGAUCGACCUGCCGCUGCAUGGGGACGCGCCGCCCACAACGGCGGCCUUCGCGGGCACGGCGGCGCCCGAGCGAAUCCAGGAGCAUGGGGGUCCCGUGACCAUCGAGCACGCAGCGGGCACACGCGGCUUCCGUAUUCUUAAGGUUUACUCAUAUUCAUCUUAAGGUGCAUCUUUAACGUGCUUUCAAUUGGAAAAGUGGGUCAAGGAUGCACUGCGAGAUGGAUUUAGGUAAGCUCUAAUAUUCUCAGAUCCCUAGUGGGCACUUCACGAGGCAGCAAGAGCCGGCACAAGCCGCCGCGUGAAACGGUAUCAGGCCAAAUGCACAACCGAGACCGGCUGUGGGAUAACCUGAACUUCGGCGGCGCACCCGAUGGCGACGCGGCGGUAGGCACUCAAGACUUAAGGCUUUCUUCCCAAGUACUUACACAUUCCUUAAGUAUCCUUAACUAAGAUGUGUGUCAGUAUGUAUCUUUGACAAAGUGUUUAUUUCGAGGGAAAAAAUGGUCAACGAUGCGACUCUCGAGUACUAGACGUGAAUUAAGUAUACGGGUUACUUAGAUCUAAUAUGUGCUUCGUACGCAAGCCGAGCCGUGCAGCUAGCCGGCAUCGCACCACCAAGUCUGACUAAAGGAAACGAGCAGGUAGGCGGUAGCAGCAGCUCGACACAGGUUAUGACAGUGCUUUGAUUUUCAUGUUGUGUUUCCUCUCUCCUUGUAGAGAUUCAUUGUCCUUGAUCAUUGAGAAAUUUUUGAACGUGUAAGUGUAUGUUAGUUGUGAGCGUAAUAUUAUUAAUGCAAAAAUGAUUAAGUCAUCAACAACAUUCCAUUCUUAGGGUUUAGCUUUAGCAGCGCAGAUGACUUCUUUUUCUUCCUCUAAGAUAGGAACAAGUUCGAAACAAAAAGGGAGUUUCACGGCUGCAGCGAUGCGCCGAGCGAUGGGAAUGGUUUCUGGCGGUUUCAAUCAGCAUCCAGGCUUAGAGGAAGCUGCUGAAGAGCAGCGGUCGACCAUGAUCAACAUGCAAGACAGUAGGGAACUUGUUGGUGCACGUCCAGGCAGUCGCGGUCGCGCAAGAAAAAAUGCAGCGGCGACUACAAGAGACGCUGUAGGCGGAAUUGGACAUCAUGCGGAUGAACGACCUACGAUGAAUCCAGCGUUUGAUGUCCGCACUGGCAGUAAGACUUCCUCUGCCGGCGGGAGUGGCAUGGGAUACAACGAUCUCGAAUCGACCUAUGCGAGGCUAAAAGUACCUCGCAGGAUUGACAGCAAAGAUACGAAUGCUGGCGGCGGUGCUGAACAAUAUGGAGGAGCUUCUGAGGGGAGCAAUUACAAUUAAGGCUACCUCCGCUAAAGGAAGCAUCUUCGCCCUCAGCGCCAUCCCUGGCUCUCUUUCUACUUGAAAGCGAAGGCAAGGCUGCUGUCACACAGGGGUGGGAACCCGAACGCAGUAGCUCUAGCUCUAAUGCAAAGGUACGAAUCAUGAAAUGGUUCGUAAUCAUUUGGCUCCGGAUGCUAGGGGAAAGCCGAUUCCGAGUUACGCGAAUCCCGGUCCUGGCCCCGACUAUUUUGACAGGCCAGAAAAUGAUGGUGCUGAGGAUUCGGUUUUGCGCGAGAUGUUCCCAUUUGCGGCCGACCGAGCUGCUGGCGGGAUCGGCACGAGUGGAAAACGACCGGCUUCCGCAGGCCACUUCCGCGGUGCAGAGGCGCAACUAGACCCAAGUCGAGGCAUUCCAGCACACCUACAGCCAGAUGUGAUCGAUGCCCUACCGCGGUCGCCGAUAAAGAUGAAAGAAUCGAUUGAGUGGAGCCGUCAGCAAGAGAGCCGUCUGCUUCUCGGAGGACCGGUUGUUAUGGGGAGAGUUGUUGAUCAUGUAGUUCAUGUUCUUGUUAUAAUUCACAUCUUGAUGUUGAUAAGAUAAGAGCGUCAUACAUAGAAGUGCUCGUUGUGGUGAUACAACAUAUCUUGAUCUUCAUAGACUCUUGAAUCCUCUUCUAAGCCUCGAGCAGGCGAGCAAAGCGCGGACAUAGUUUUUCGAGGUGAAGACGGCGACAUCAUCGGAGAUGACGAUGGACAAACGAAUGCAGGUGCUACAGCGUCUUCCGCGUGGGCUGUUAACGGUACUGGCGUUCUCCAUCACCAGAGUGAAGAUUUCUCGGCAUCAUCUUCUUUUGCGGGAGAUGAUUUACUAGGGAGUAUGAACAAUCCUGGUAGUCAACUACAUGGAACUACAUCGAACGCGGAUUACAUGCUUGAGGGCGGUGGAGCAAUGAAGAAGAAGGCAGGUUUUUUGAUUGGUGAAGAUCGCUUGCGAAAGAUGUUGAAGAAAGCCUCGAAGAUAACAGGAGGAGCUGGACGGUCACGGACAGGAGAAAGUCUCGAGCGUACUAGUGGAACUGAUUAUAGGAAUCGAUCUUCAUCUUCUAAGAAUGCUAAGAAUAUGCGGCAACCUGCGCUCAGCGAUGGAGUGAUUGCUUCAAGAACUACGCAGCAAGAGGCCACUCGCCCUCCCCCCUUCUUCAGGGACGACGGGAGCGAUAAAAAAGCAGCCUCAGGAGCGAGUCCACGACGAACACGCAAUUAUAGUCAGAAUACUGGGAAGAACAAGCUCCAGCCAGUGCCGGAGCAAGACGAAAGCGACGCUGGCGUAUCAACAAGGCGUCAACUGGUAAAGGAUGACGAUGUUACAGCAGAGGAUGUUAAGGCUGGCACUAGUAAGCUUGAUUGUUCUUUCAUCUCGUUGUCGUUACCUAUGACGAUCGUUCGACGUCUUCAUCUAUUAAGGCUCAACUUUCAUUGGUCAUAGAGGUUGGUCACUGAAAUCGAAGAGGGUCCCCUUGAGAGAACAGGGGAAAAUGAAGGGAAAGGGGAGAGCCUUGGGGGGGGGGUUUCUUCCGUUCAGAGUCAGUGACCAGUGCAGGCUGAGCUUUAAAUCUAGCCUUGACUUCUCGUUCUCUAGUACUUUAGUCGCAGUAUGUAUUGCUAACUGAGAAAGGUUGCAUACUACACAUGAUUCUAAGUACCAACGCGCACACGAGGAGAGGCGCUUGAGGAUGCUGAGUGAGCGGCUUGUCGUUCCAAAAGCAAAAGCCGGGACGAAGAGGGCAAAGCAGAUCGCGACGUCUGCCGUGUCCACUAAAAAGCUGACCGCACACUACCAGAGAAUAGGCAACAUGCGUGGCGGCGAGGGUGUCGCAAAAACUGGGACAGGAGAACUAGCAGAAUACGACAACUCGCACACGAACCCAAAACCCGUGUGGGAAGUCGAGCACGCGAAAUUGAUGGCUGCCAUAAAUGCCAAGUCGCCUGCUGAAAAAUUAAAAUAGUAGUAGUGAUUUCUUGUAAUUUUGGGCAUCGGCUUCGGCAUACAGAAGUCGCUUGUAACGGACUAGUAAUGGGGAACAACUACUUGUUGGUCUGCCAGUCAGCAGGUAAAAAAUGAAUUCUUGAGUCACGCAAUCGACGAAAAGGUAUCUAUGUUGUAGGGAAGACUGGGAACGUUAUUCUUGUUGUAUCUAGCCAUUCAUCACGAGCCCACAUUCAGAUUCACUUUCAUGCUGUCUGUCGUACGAAUUGUCAAUCGUGAUGAACUCAUUGAACAUUUUGACAACCAUUCGUCGCAGACUGUUUAUAUCCUUAAAUUAACUUCUAGAAGACGAACGCAGAUACAGAUAGCUUCUGUUUUUUUUGACGCAAGGAUACAUAUCGUUGUGAGAAAUGUAUCUCUGAGAACUUCUCAGAAGACCAGAACGCGAC